CCGUGAGACGAAGGAUGAAGGCUAACUACUUCCAGAAUCCCGAUUUUGAAGCAAUUUGGUGCGCCAUCCAUUUAUCACAAGUUGGCUGUUAUAAAGUUUCCAAACUGACCAAAGACCAACGAAUGACUUCUGAAGAAGGGUGGAUUUAUCUGUAGCCUAGUUAAACAAUAAUUUGCCCCGUCAGUGAUAUGGUUUGAAUGCUUCCUGAACUUUCCGUGAACGUUAUAGUUCUGUGUGUGCGAUAAUAGGGCAACCCAUUUUCCUUGGGGUUUUUUUUUUAUAGAAUAAACACAAUAUGAAGAAGUUUCAACAGAGGGCUUAUAAGCGUAGAUGGGCUGCCACAACUAGGCAUUUGAAGAAGCAAUGCCCACAGUCAACUUUAGAAUUAGAGAGUGAUGAUAGCGAGCAAGAGAAUGACACGACAUCAACUCCAGAAACAGUGAGUACAUGGAUGCUGCAGAGAUUGCUUCCUGCAGUGCCGCGGGUGCUGACAAUGCCACCUACAGUGGCCCUGAUAGUGAUGAGCCUGAUGAAAAUGAUGCUGAUUGGAGACUAAUCGACCAUCAUGUCACCUUGUCAUCUGAGGAGGUACACACGCAUGCGAGUCCUUUCGGCAGAACGCCUCAGAACCAGUGCCAUCAAACUGGACGAAGAUGAAACGGGCCAUAGCAUAUUCAUGGGGAUACUGCAUGAAUUUAGAACAGAUCAAUAACCAGUAGUAAGUAUAGAAGGUCUGCUUGGAGCAUGUCUAACCAGAAAAGUGUGUGCAGACUAAGAAUAACUGACUAUCUGUAUCAGGAUUCAUAAAUAACUCUUUGAUGCAGUAUUGAAAUGGUAAUAUUAUCUGAUUGUUUUCCAGAUGGCUCCUUCUUUUGUGGUCGUUGAGUUCCUUGGUGAACGUUCAGUUGCUGUUGUCCCAACCAAAUGGACAGAAGAUGAUGGAAAGAAUACCUUCUGCUAUUGGCCAAGGCCAAAUCCUAACCACUCCAGAAUCCGUAAAGCUGAGAUUCCUGACAAACAAUACCGGGAGAAGCUGCCAAUUCGGGUUUUCUGGAAAACAUUGACUGAAGACUUUGAAAAGGCCCUUCAAUACGAAAAACAAGCUGAAAUGUUUUCGAGCCCAGAAGAAGAAGUGUUAGCCAAACGGAGCCACAUCACCCCUGAACGUUAUAGAAACGAUGAGGAAGAUGUGUUUGAAGCUGACGAUGAAGAGGAAAUUCGGCCAAAAAAGAAGUGCAGAAAAGAGAAAACACAGAUCUUCGUCCAGGCACCCCCACUGCCAGAGCUCCCAAACUUUAACUUUCAAAUCUCAAGCAAGUACCAGACCAGUUCAGCCAGUACCAGCCAAUACCAGACCACUCCAAGGCAUCCAAGCCGACCUCACAGCCCAGCGAGAAGCAGCACUUCCAGGCUCAGUCCAGACAGCAAUGCAUCCAGCUCAAGCCAGUACCAGACCACUCCAGUCAGUACGAGUCAGUACCAGACCGCUCCAAGAAGCAGCAGCAAUGCCCUUGACAGUGAACUUUUCCAGUUGAACAUGAAAGUUCAAAAUAUACUUGAGAACCAGGGGGAAAUUAUGCGCAUGCUGAGAGGGCUGGCAGCACAGUCUGUGGGGCCAGAAUCUGUGGAUGUUCAAGAUCUCAUUGAUAAGCCUUUCGAGACUCUUGAGCAGCUGAAGGCCUUCUGUGAACGGCUCGACACUGAUCUUCUGCUCAGAAAGCAGCUGGUGAAAGCUCUUACUGCUCUUGGUGAGCAGAAUUUGGCAGACACGGUGAGGACAAUGCUGAGGAAAAUUGCCACAAACAAAAUCCUGGAGCAGCUUGGCCUCCGUGGAAAGUCAGGAAAAGUGGCGUUUGAGGACUUGCCCCUUUACAGAAUAAUAAAUAAGGCAUGCAGGGGUGUUUACAAGCAGACGACCACAGCUGAAGUGGAUUGUGAGCUUGGAGAGGUCCUGAAACUGGCCACUUUUCGAAAGGGAGGUUCAAAAUUUGAGGAGAAGAGGAGGAAUUAAGAGGGAGGACAAAAAAGGAAAAAGAAACAAGCAAAAGAACAGAGUGAGAUGAGAGGAUUUGGGUUUCCCUGCUUUGGCUGCUGCCCCCGCAACCCGACCUCGGAUAAGCGGAAGAAGAUGGAUGGAUGGAUGGAUGGAUUUACUUCCAGGAAGAGAACCAAGAAGGGGCAGGAUACACUGACGCGCACGACCAAGACCACUGCAUUCCAUUCCAUUUAUAAGUGAUA